AUGAGCUUCUGUACGUUUUCUCCACAUGGCGCUUAUUUCCUCGUAUUCUGCACUGCGAUUCUAUUCUCCGCGAGUAAACCUAUGGCUUGUAAGUAUAAAGACAACGAUUUUGUUUCUUUAUUUGCGGUUAAUAUUCGCAACACAUUAGCGAAAUAGUUGGAUUAAUCUACUCACCGCAAAUCGUUGUGAUUUUACGACUUUUCGUAUUCGUUUAUGCCGAUUCUGAUUAUGAAAAUGUCGAUUUUUAAGAAUCGACAAUAAUGCGAAAUACGAAAGAAAUUGAGAUGUAAUAAAUCCGAGCCGUGGGGGAUAUUUGUAUGAAACUGUCCCUUGAGCGGCCAUUCUCAACUUAGGUUUGGUAGCUAUUAAAGUAAGGCGCUAAAUUGGAUACAGUCUCGCUAAAAAUAUUUCAUUUCUUUGUCAACCGGGAUUAACACAAGAAAUUAAAGCGACUUUUGAAUCUACGUUGAUGUUGCUACAACAGAUGUUUUUAUGCACGCGUGAAAAUUAUUUAUCUUCCAAUAGCUCGCUUCUUUUCAGUAUCGAAAAAAGUUUGAAUAUCUUUAAUAUUCCUUUCGAAUUGUCUUGAAGUAACGAAGCUGAUUUUGUCUAGCAUUGUUGUGAAUUAUAAUCAACACUUUUGAAUGGAUAUGAGUUUGCAGAAUAACGGGAAAUCGAAUACAGCAUCCCUGACCUAAUUUCACUUUGCGUUAUGCAUUAUUGAUGAACCGAUUGCGAAGUGACCUAAGCUGGUACUCGCACGUUUUUUGGUGCUUAAAGUACUGGGCGACUUUCUUUAUUUUCAAAAACGAGCGCUGUUGUAACAAAAACUUGCAAUUCGUACAAUCUGACACAAAGUAUUUCAUAUCAAAUUCAAGAAUCGGCACACAGCGCUCUUCCCAUUUAAGAGAUGGUGCAGAAAUAAAAUCUUGAAAAGCCUGACGGCAGUGAGGGUUUAUUCAGUUUGAAGUCCUGAAUGCUUACCUAACCUUACCUAGGAUUUUUUAUUUUCCUGUAUUUUAUCAAUUUGCUUUAUUUACGACAAAACUAAGCUUUAGCUGAGAGAUUUUUAUUUUUAUUUUAUUAUAAAUAUAUUUUUUAUUUUAAACAAUAUUUAGCCAGAGGUGUCCAGUUUAGCGAGGCUGGUUUGAAAUAGGGCCCCGAUGAAAAGAAAAACAACACAAAAAAUAAUAACAGAUUAAAAAAAAUGGAACAACUAAGCAUAGCGAAAGUAUUGGAGGCUCAAUUUGGCGUGGAUCUUAAGUGCCUUUUUAGGCCAAGCCCAAACUUAUUUAAAUUAUGCUGGCUCCUCAGGGCCAGAGGAAGCGUGUUCCAGAUCUUGGCUCACCGCUGAACCUGAAGAAUCCCUGGUACUUAGUUGUCCGAGCUAGCGGCAGACUGAGCAAAUCGCUAUGGCGCGUGUUGCAUGAAAGGAAAUCGCGUGCGUGGCUAAUUUCAUCUAGUAAAUAUGCUGGAGCCAGGCCAUGAAGGCUAGUAUGCUCUUUAGAUAGUCCCGGCGCAACUGGAGCGAAGGCCAACCGAAAGUGUGAGAUAUUUGCGAUUGUGCGACUGUGUAGCCUUUUAUAAUACUGGCUACUGGCGGCACCGUGACGCCUAUGCAACUUAUCCAAGUACUCUCGGUCAGCCUUACUGCAGGAGUCUCAUACGACAGCGUAGUAGUCGAAUACUGGAAUUAUCAUGGCGUUAUAAAGUGUUAAACACGACUCACGUGGAAUGACCUUGCGCGCUUUACGAAGCAUGCCGAGCUUUGCCGAAAAUAUCAACUGCGAAAAUAUAAACUAGCUAGGACAAGCCUCUGAUGUGUACCAGUCAACAUUACCUUAAUUUUGCUAUAGUUAAGUAGAGGAAGCUAGUUAUCAUUAACCCACUCUAUUAUAUGCAUAAGAUCUUCGGAUAGCAUAUAUUCUCUGAGGGAUUUUAUGGAAAAAUGAAAAUUCAAUAGAAAGAGAAGAGGAAGAGUGCAAAAAGUAAUUUAAAAAUUGGGAAAAGUUUUUAAGUCUAAGUACAUAUCAAACUUUUCUAAAAAAAAGUUCAUCUAUCUAUCUAUCAGUUAUUAAAUAUUGUGACAGCUUAGUUUAUUAAAAAAUGCCAUGGACAAUUUAUUGCAAAUCGUGACAGGUAUUAUAAAUGGCGAUGAUUAUGUGACAGGUUUUUUUAUUUAAAAGAGCAACACGGUUUAUUACAAACUGGGACAGUUAUUAGAAACAGCGAUGUUUGUGUAAAAUUGCGACAGCUUUUCUAUUAUAAAGUGCAACACAUUAUUUUGAAAAUUGCGACAGGUGUUGCAAAGUUCGAUGGAUUUAGUAGAAAUUGUGAUAGCCAUUACAAACACAGUCCGACGAAUAGUCCGUCCAGUUCUUAUCUCGGCCAGCGCCAUUGCAAAAAGCGAAGAUCGCUGCUCGAUGUUCCCGUGCAUCUGAUGGCCUACGAGCGGAGUAACUUUGCAAAGAAAAAUAAGAGACUAUUCACAGUGUACGAUUAUAAUUACAAAUUGCAACAUGCCGUACAGAAAAUACACGUACAUUUGUUCUGGUACGAUAAAGUGAGAAUUAAUUUUAAAACCCUUUUGCUCGAUUGAACCGAGUGAUAUCAUCCUUUUCUUAAUGAAGAACACUGAAUAAAGUCCGAACCGCCGACCAAAAUUAUGUGGUCCUCUAAUUAAACGUCCUGUGGAUAGAAGGUUUAUGACAUAUGAUGAUUAAUUGCUUAACUAAAAAUUAAUAGCAAAAAAAAAAAGACUAAAUAGAUACGGGGCAAGAAGCCUAAAAAUCAGCAGACAUUUCGCUACACCAUCACUGGUUUACCGGCGAAAUGACGUCUGAGUACGGAGCGCUGAAAUUCCAUACCAAUGAACUGUCACUACUCAGAUUUUAGUUUGUGUUUCUGAUUGGUUGAAAAUUUGCCUUUAAAAUGUCGGCCUAUUUUCUCAGGCUACGGGACAAGUGCCCAUGAUGAAAAGCUGCAGUGCUGCUUUGGUAAAAAGGAAUGCAAGACAAAAAUACUUGCAUGGUGUUCGAGCGAUUUUCGUAUGGCCUUUAAAUGAAAACGCACGAAAAAAGGGAAACAAACGAGCGGAAACAGAGCGAUUUGAUUGGUUUAUCGAACGGAUACAAACGCGCGUGGCUUUUGGUUGGUUAAGCGAACACUCAAGUGAAAAAACUUCAAGCUCGAGAACUUUCUAGAAAUCUGUCGAUACUUCGCUUUGACGUCAUACUGUAACACGACUGGCCAAUCAAACAAAUGCUUUCUCCAUACUAGGGUUUUCUUUGGCGGGAAAACAAAGAUUCCAUGUUUUGAUCUUUUCAUCCAUUGGCUGAUAGAACAAAUAAUGAACACUUACCAAAACCAUUUUUCAAGGUCAUACGAAAAUCGCUCUAUUAUUUUAAUUUAUCAAGCGAAUUUUUCACCGUGAAGAGAACUAAGCGCCGACGUUUCGAUCGCUGUCAAGUUGAAGAGAUGUUAUAUCUUUUUUCAAUUCAAUUCUCUCUAGACGCCGCUUGCUCCAACGAAUUUCAACAAGACUGUGACGAUGGUGAAAUCGAGAGAGCACAUCAUGUUGUGAGGCGCUCUGCCGGAGCUGUAAGUUAACUGAUCAAUAUAUGUCUUACAACUGGGACUACCUUCCCUUUAAUUAAUUUUAUUGUUCACUGAAAAUAUAUCUCCGUGGCUGACUGGCCUUAAUCCUCCCGCCAAAUCUUCAUAACCCGCUGGCGAUGACCAAAUUUGGAAGAUGCUCUCAGAUUAUGCCAUCACUGACGCCAGUCAAUCAGACGAUAAUGAUUGAAUAUUGCCAGUUAUCCACCAAUCUAGAGCUCACCAUUAGCCCCCAUGUGGCUCUGCUGGAGGGCCAAGCUGGCAGUUUGGAAAAUCAAGUCACACGAAAAACUAUUAGGUCAUUCCCAUAUUAGUAUUUUCGAGACUGUCUCGGUUAUUAGUCGGAACACCGAGUAGAAAUAGAAGCAAUUAAAAGAAAAGGGGAGUACUAAUUAAGAGCGCAAGAGUACUAAUUAAGAGCGCUCUCUAUACUCUUCCUGAAUCUGUGUUUGUUUUUUAAUUAUUAUUUUUUUUAUUUAUUUAUUUUCGUUUAACGCUCCCUUUUCUUAAUUUUCUUAAUUUUCAACUGAGAGCCUGAAAUAGGCUAUUCCCAAUAUUGUAGAAACCGAACAACGAAUGCCAAAGCUAGUGUUUGUUCGUUUGUUUUUUGUUGUGGUUGUUUUUGCUAACUAUGUUUAGAAAGUAAGACCUCACGCAGACCUUACGAAUUUUAGUAACGGUCCACGCAAGCAAGUAGCAGCAGGUUGUUUGAAAAAAAAUUAAAACUUUAAAACAAACAUUUCGGGUGUAAUACUCGUGGAAUACCAGUGUUGUUAUUAAUUUCAAGUGUUGUGAUUGUUAUUGAUUUCAUGGCAUUCCUUUUGUAGUCCAGCAAUGUAUCAAGAUCUCUCCAAGUAGUCUUCCUCCCAGUCGUACAAAAUGUCACCUACUACAACACUGGAGAACAGAUAACAUUCCAGCUGAACUUGACACAUAAUCAGUCACAGUCUCCCGACUUGACAAAGAACCUCAAGGUUGUCCUUUGGUCCCAGUUUCUCACGCCAAACUCCUCCCUGCAAACACUCGCGGGCAGUGUCAAAAAUGUUGACUACAACGCAACCUCUAUUUCUUUUGAUAUCGACAGCCUUCUCGCUGCACACACGGUGUCCAUUAGUUUCCAGGGUACUGUGACAGCUGGUAUUUACCCCCUGGCAAAUCUGUAUUUUACAGCGCUGAUCAACGGUCAAGACAUAAGCGACAGCAAUUACCAUUACGGACCAGUCCCUUCGCAACCCACGCAGUAUGCUGUGUUCCCAAAGGUAUCAUUUAACAGAAAUUCGUACUCCGGUAAGUAAAGUGGGAAAAAUACAUGAUCAUCAUAUUUAUUUAGGGAACUAACAGUUUUGUUUAGUUGCCGUUUGUUGAAUCACAAAAUCUCUAACCCUAACCGAGGGCCCUGUAGCUUCGUCCCCAGGGCCCAGGCCAGUUCGCGCUAUGCAAAUGAGAGGGUGAGGCUUGAAACCAAGUGCGAAAGCACGAGUCUACUGCCAAGCUUGACUGGUGACGUCAUAUACGACCUCGCUGAAGAUGACUGUAAACGAAGCUGGGUGACAGUUUCUGCCGAAAGAACAACCAUAAUACUUCACUCCCUAGCCUGCACAAGCGUGCGCGAGCCUGCGCCACAAACGAAACUAAACUCUGGUUAAGUCCGUCUCCAAAACAGCGCAGAAAUCCUUGGUCUGGGCCCUCCACCAGUGUACCCGGAUUUGAGCACGCGCAAUGAUUGGCUUGUUAAAAAUGCCAUUGUCGAUUUUCCAGUCAGCAUGGAAGAAAAUUCGAAACUCACUUCUUGUGAUUUCGUUGAGUCCAUUAGGGGCACAGAACGAGGAUCUCGACGCAGCUCCGCCGACGUUACUAGCCGAGGUUAAAAUUACGUCCGCAACGCAAGCUAUUGACUCCCUUAAAUCAUUAUUUUUCAUCCAUGUAACUUGAAAUAUUUCUAACUGAAUUCUACUUGAUCCUUAUUGUUAAUUUGCAGACUUAUGGGUUGGAAAUGUGACCGGUUAUACCAUGACCAUCACCAUGCCAAAACUAAACUUUUCUCUGCUCGUUGAAAUAACUACGAACAUAAACGACUUUUCCUUCAUGGAAGUUCAUAAUGUGCAGGUGACGAACGUGGGAAAUGACAUCAAGUUCAACCCCAGUCCCCAUGCUGAUGUUUCUUACGACUCUAGUGAGGAAGUACCUUUCAAUGACCGCGCCGUUCUGGACUUCGGAAAUUUAACUGUAAGUACGAAUACUGCUUCACUGAAUGAUGAAAACUGGGUUUACAGCGAACUAAUAUUCUGGAUUAGUAAGUAAAAGAAACUGAAAUAAGGAGUAAAGACCACCACCGUUUUUAACGUGUGUGAGUAACUGUGCAAUCAAAUCUAAUUAAUUUUAAUUUAGGCACGUAGUACCUAUAAGAGAACUUACUAAACAUGUUUUAAUAUCUUUACUUUGGACCUAAUUCUGAUUCCUGAUUGCCGAAAAAAAUAAAAGAUACAAAUUUUUUCUUAAUGCUGGAAUUACAAAAACUACAAGAGGAAGCUAAGCCAUAUAGCACUUCAUACUUAAUUAAAUAGUUGAAAUCAUUUUGAGAUCUGUUUUGUUCUUUUUAUUGUUACUGUUGUUUUUGUGUUGCCUCAUUUAUUUUUGUUCUCGCUUUUUAUUUGCUGGUCCGUGUGUGAAAAGGUGCAUUUUAUGUAUAGUUUCCAUUUUGUUAUAAUAGGACGCUCAUAAUUUAUUUAUCGCCUUUGAAGGUUACGGUUUUUCUGCUGUGUUGAAUAGGUCCCAAUAACCCCUUAUAUACGGCUGAUAUUUGAAAUCUAGUUUUAGUAUCGAUUAUAUUUUCUGAACACAGCGGAAGUUUCUUUUUCUAUAAAACCUUGAAGAACCAUAAGGAACAAAAUUUUCUUAUGAAUACUCAUCUUCCUCCCAAAUCUGUCCCUUCAUAAAUUAAAAAAAGUCACCUUCUCGGAUCCCUAUAUUAGAAACCUAAAUAUGCCCGUACUGACUGAGGCUUAUUGUUUUGUCCCUAAGAUUUCUGGCAAUGACGAAUCCACAAGAAAGAUCGUUAUCGAAUUCAACGUCACGAUCAAAGAUAACCCUCAGUUGGCCAACGCCACUAAACAUUGGGUAGGAGCAGGCAUGCGCAGUGGUUAUCAGAUGCUGUGGGUGGGACAAGAGGCUUUGUAUGUGUACAAGGUGAGGUCAACUGCUUCUUGAUCUUCUAGAAUCUUGAAGCAAAGGCGUUUUCACUGAAACGCUGGAGCCUGCGUUUUUGAUGCAGGUUUUUGGUCUUCGACCGUUUUUGCCUUGAAAAUUUGUAGAAUUAUUGGCUCCUGGAAAAUAUAUUAAUAGUUUUCUCUUAUUGCACGCCAGACAGACAGUUAACAGCGACAUCUUGAAUUGGUAUCCAUAGCCAGUUUUUUAUUCUCAACUCUUAAUUUCACUGCAGAAGGGUUAUUCUGGGGCAUUUGGAGCACCAAAGGGAUGUUAGAAAGGGAUGAUACAUUAAAGAGCCGCGGUUGAACUGACUGCCAGAAAAUCGCGCAUACUGUCUCAUAAUUGUCCUUAACUUAAAAAACGCUCCACAUAAAUCAAAAGCAAGAUAGUCGAGGCCAUUAACAAUCGUUUCAAAAAGCUUAACCCAAUUCAGAACGAGGGGGGGUGGAAGGGGGGCUUUUGAGAGCCCCCUCAUUAGAGAUAACUUAACGACUUUCGCUAAAAUUUAUCUGGAAACAUUGAUGUGUUCGUCAAAAUCGAUGUUACCAUGGCAACCGUGUUUUGACAUCAAGGAGACCUUCGAAGCCUUCCCCCCUGGACCCGGUUCCUGAAAGGCCGAUUAGCGCUAAUUUCAGGAUUAAAGUUUUGAUCCACUUUUUUUAUUUACCUUCCUAUGCAUUGGUUAGAGAAACAUUUCACGUAAAUCGUUACUGUGUCUCAGAGUAAAGUCUCAACAGUAUUUUGUAAGCUUGAGCUACAUGCUCUUAGCAAGACAAUCGUGCUUAAAAUUUGGCUUAAUCCUAGGUUAAACUUAACCAUCUUUCUAGGAACGCGGGCCUGGUCGCAGAAAGCCAAAAAAUCUUGGUUUGCAUAGGGUAAAAGCUAUUAUCUGAAAUAAUCGUUUCAAACCAUGUACCUUUGUUUUUUCACGAACAGAAUGAGCCAUCACUAACAGCAAAUUUUACAACCCGCAACAUCACUGCAAUGAAGAAAUACCUGGUUGGCGACAGGCUGUUCGUAGACUGGCUGGUUAGUCAUACUUCCAACACCUCGUAUGAAAGCGCAAAAAACGUAAGAAUCACAUUCUACUCCAACACGCUGAAGAUCUUGAAUGGAACCUAUAAUACUCCAAAUAACUCAGGAAAUAGUCUAACAGUGAACAACAAGUUUCGUUCGGGUGAAAUCAAUGUCGCCACGCUUGCGCAAGGUAGGUGGAAAAUAUCAGAGGUAGCAGAAUAUUUUGUUACAUAUAAUACCUAAGAAGUUGCGUAAGACAUGUUCCAUCGAUUUCAGCAUUCUCGGCUUAAUCAGAGGUUGUUUAUCAUUUCCAUUGCCAAUGGAAUUUCCGUUAGGAAAAUUCUGUCCGAAAAAACAGGACUAUAUUUGAGAUGUUUCUUUGCUCUCGCUGGAAAGACUUAAAAAGUCAUGUUCCAUUUUGUUUUUCCAAACGAAUUGUCCGGAAAAUUUCUGUAAAUGGUAAACAACCAGAAUCUUGGAUAUAAACCAAAGUGACAGGCAUUUUGAUUUGCAUGACGCCUCAGAAGGACUCGUGUGUUUCAUGAGCAACUUACAGUAUCUUUAACUAGUAUGUAUCAAUUCCCAUAAUUUUAGGAGAGCAAAUAACUGGAAAUCUAGCCCUAGAAGUCAGCGAUGAAAUCUCUCCUUUGGAAGAUCUGGAUAUCUUCCUAGAGCUAAAAUAUCAGAAUACAGAAGGACAAGAAAAGCUCAACACUACCCAUAAGCCUUCACCACCUUACGUGGCUGGGGUACCAGGCUUUUCGCUCAGAGCUAACGUCUCGUCCAAUCUAAUUCGCAUUGGAGAACGCGCGAAGUUUUACUUUGAUAUUCUAAUGAGAAGAAUGGUGUCGACUUUGAAGGUAGAGGUAAGAGAAGAAACGACAUUAUUUGUAUUAAAUGGAGUCUGCAAGAACAAACGCAAAAUUUUGUGACAACAACAGCCUAUUUUUAACAAAAAAACCGAGUUUUGGGGGGGGGGGGCAGAUUAGAUUAUUUGGCCUAAUUGUCAAGUAUACCAAUUAAAAAAUGCAUCAUGUAUGAAGAUUUCACCUACCAUUGACGUAGAUUGUUCAAAUAUCGUCAAAAGAUCUACCGCAAGUUUUCCGUGACAAGCCUUUUGACGAUUUUCCUAUGAUACGAUUUAUAAAACAUAUUUUGUUGAUGGCAUGGCAGCGUUUUCACAAUGUUUUCACUAACAUCAAAGAUGACAAUAUGAUAUCGUUUUUAUUCGUUUUUUUUUCUCUUAUUCAGCCUUAGUCACAAAUCCCAUUUCUACAUUAUUGCAGGUUAUCCUCCCGGUACAUGAAACAUCAAUCAUGUCUCUUACUUGUUUAAAAGUCCUCUCAGUGGGGACAAAUAUAGCCAACCAUAACGAAAAAAAGGCGGCAUCGGUAGAACUCAACUCUACGGUCGGAGACCCAAAGCUUUACGACCGCGCGACGAUCGACUUCGGCCUUGUGGAAAAUAGUAAAGGAGACUCCGACAGCCAAGAUAACAAGAUCAUGCUAGAGUUCGAGAUCAUUGUGAAUGACCACGCAAACGUGACAAAUGGCUCCAAGCACUGGGUGGGUGUUGGAGUCCGUGGCGGGAAGCGCAUGAUGUGGAUUGGUGACGUAGCGCUGAUUGCCGAUGUUCCCGACGAUAGAAGACCAGUUUUACAGGUCUUAGCAAAUUGCUAUAACCCUGUCACUAAUAAGUCCUGUAAUGACGAUGCCUCUCUAGCAAGAAGGUAACUUUCUUAUUCAACCCGAAAUCUGUCCAUAACAAUCAAACGUCUAUUUUACAAAUGCGCGUAAGUCUUAAACUGAAGAGAGUCCGCUGUUUUUAACAUAUAUAGCCCCACAACUGCGAGGUUUUGCUUCGCUGGUUUAUGUUACUUACUUCACUUAAUAUUUUGCGCCAUGUUCUCGGUAACCAACUAAUACAUUCGCCUACUAUCGCUGACUUCCGCGAGGGACGGUUUCAAGAAUCGUCACUCUUUCCGAGGAGUUACCGUUACCGCUAGUAAUUCUAGCAAGCCAGUUAGCCUCACAGGGCAUAUGUUCCUCGGCGCUGUAUAUCUCAGUUCAGUUCAGUUCAGUUUAUUCACACUUGUAUAUAAUAUUUGUGAAAUAUUUUACAGCAACUGAGCGAAUUCCUAGCGCGCUGAUUGAUCAAGAGC